AUGGGGAGCAGCGGCAAGAAGCAGGAAGCCGUGAGGCGGUACGUCAGAUCCCGGGCUCCCAGGAUGCAAUGGACGGCCGAGCUCCACCGUAGCUUCCUGCAGGCCAUAGAGUGCCUCGGCGGAGAGCACAAAUCCCGACUAAUUGUGACCUGGGCCUUGUUAAUUUCAGAUGCUACCCCUAAGCUGGUUCUUCAGGUCAUGGGUGUGAAGGAGCUUACCAUAUCUCACGUCAAGAGCCAUCUCCAGAUGUACAGAGGCCCGAGCACUCGUAAGGCGAAGAAAGAGACGGAGCCACAGCUGCUGCAAAGGAGGCACUCAUGCGCCGCUGAUGAGCAGCAAGGAGGAGGAGGCCCCAAUGCGCCCUUCAUGUGCCCACCUCUGAAAAGGGCCAGGACGACGGGGACAGAGGCCGCGGACAAAGGCAUGCAAGGAGGCCAAAGCCAAGGAAUCAGUGGGACGAAGACCAGCGGCGCUGUCAACCGGUACUGCAUUGAUGAUUACUACUCCAUGCAAGCCAUGGCCAUGGAGAGGAGAAUAAUGGAGGGCCUCAGCUGUCAGAGGGAUGCUGCUGCUGCUGUUUCCAGCCUCCGGACCGUGGGAUGCUUGGAGCAAGGAUCCGGCGACUUUAAGAUAAUCAAGCCAGAAGCACACUACUACCCUGGUCUUGCAGUGAAGAAGCAAGACCCCAAGGAGAAGCCCAAGGAGAAGGACAGCAACGGGGCGGAGCAGUGCUCCCUGUCGCUGUCCCUUGGCCCGGACCCGAGAUGCCUCCGCGCUGUCUCAUCGUCGUCGCCGAGCGAAGGCAGCUGCAUCAUCUCCUCCUCCUCGUCGCCGCCGAGGAGGAGGAGGAGCUCCAGCCACUGCUCCGGGCACUCCGGCUGCUUCGAUGCCCAGGGCGUGAACUUGGAGCUCUCCCUGUCCAUCUGCUGA